AGUAAAGUGCAUCACGAAGCGGAGUGAAAGUAAAGUUUGUUGUAAUCGUAAAUGAAAGGAUAAAUAUAUAAAAUAAACGUUUGUGAAUUCAUUAGUUGUACGAUUUCUGGUUGUUCGCGAUACGCAAAGGACUGCGAAAGUUGUGUGUUAUAUAUAUAUAUUUAUAUUUUCUGUGGCUGUGCGUUUUUCCAUCGAACAUCGGGAUUCAUAAGAGAGAGUUCUAUUUUCGGGUCUUGUGUUCGUCGGAAGCUGUUGGUGGAUGGGAGUUCGUCUCGUGAGAAUCACAACAAAAGCCCAGAAAAUGAGUUUCGCUAGGAAUCUGCAGAGUGAAUUGAUGGACGACGGGGACGAGUUUGAUUCAUCCAGUGGUUGCGAUAUGUCUUUCGAACUUUCCAUCGAUAAUUCAAAUAACCUGAGUCCGCCGCACGGGCUCCAUCAUCACCCAGGGCCCAGGAGGCUAAAUUUUAAUGAAAAUAUCAGCACCCCGGGUCCCAAGCACAACCUCAGUCCACCAUACAAACGAGUCAGAGCAUUGAGGCUCUACGACAGCCCUUUGACUCCCAAAACAAUUAUAGAGAAAUCUGCUUGCACCACACCAGCGCCCAGAGGGCGUCUCUUCUCCAUGGACAAACCACGAGCUGUGGCUAGUGCUUACAAACAAAUUGACAAACCUAUGGCUAAUGUUAAUCCUUUUACACCUAAUGGUAUGUUGUUGAACAAGAAGAGGACACGUUCAAUUGGUUCACUGGCUAGUUCACCGAAUUUUGUAAUUCCCAAAUUCGAGUUAAAUGAUUCAGAUGUCUCAGAUACUGAGUUGGAGCAGCCCACCAAGAGGGUAGCAUUGCAGGAAAAUAACAUUUCAAGAUACCAUCAGGAAUUCCUGGAAGUGGAACUGAUUGGUACAGGGCAGUUUGGAUCAGUGUAUAAAUGCAUCAACAGACUAGAUGGAUGCACUUACGCUGUAAAGAAAUCGACAAAGCCUGUUGCUGGUAGUGUAUUCGAGAAGAACGCGCUGAACGAGGUUUACGCUCACGCCGUACUUGGAAAGCAUCAACAUGUGGUUAGGUAUUACUCGGCUUGGGCGGAGGAUAACCACAUGAUCAUCCAGAACGAGUAUUGCAACGGUGGAUCUCUGGGUGAUAAGAUUGCACAGGAAGCGUUGAGCGCGUCCGAAUUAAGACGCUUAAUGUUGCAUGUGGCCGAGGGGCUUAGGUACAUCCACUCAGAGGGCCUCGUCCAUCUAGACAUCAAACCAGGAAAUAUCUUUAUUAGCAAGGAGAAGCGUAUGCAGUUCAACACGAACUACGAUUCAGCGGACGAUGGUUUCGAGGACCUGGAGGACCUGUCGAAUUGCGAGGAGGAGCUCACAUACAAAAUUGGCGAUCUCGGCCACGUUACGUCUCUGGCCAAUCCACAAGUGGAGGAGGGUGACUGCAGGUAUUUGCCCUGCGAAAUCCUGCAGGAGGAUUUCACGCACUUGACUAAGGCUGACAUAUUUGCACUUGGACUCACGGUGAUAGAAGCAGCAGGCUCAGGGCCUUUACCGAAGAACGGAGAGGAGUGGCACAAAAUCAGGAAAGGAGAGAUUCCUGCGCUGAAACAAACCAUCCAGCGGGAUAUGCUGGAGCUCGUCAAAACCAUGAUCGAUCCUGAUCCACUGGCGAGGCCAACGGCCAUUCAAGUUUUACAACACAAGUCUUUGUCACCGACGGGUAGCAAAUCAAAGGCGCAACUCCACAGAGAGCUGCACAUCGAACGUCUCAAGAACGAAAUGCUCUCCAAGCAGCUGAGGGAGGCGGCCAAAUGCAUCAAAUCCAUCACGCCCGAAGUCAAACCGAACCUAUCGAAGAUGCCGACACGCUUAAUUGGAAAAAAGGUGCAAUCUUCUGGGAUUUUGUCGAGCAUAAAAAGAUUGAGUGAUCCGGAAUUGUGAAAAAUAGUAAUUUAAAACACAUACAUAUAAAUAUAUAUAUAUUUAAGCUAGUUGUACAGAUAAUUUAAAAACGAAAAACAAAAAAAAUGCGGAUGAAACAACAAUAUCAAGUUGUCACAUAAUAAAGUUAUCGAAUUUUAGUAAUAAGGAACAAUCGUUAUAUUCAAAUUUUGUUAUUCGCUCAAUCGAUCAGAGCGUAGAUUUGUACAUGCAUCCUCAACCCCCCCCCCUCAAUUUGUUUAAGAAGCAAUAAUAAAAGUGUCCUCUCACCCCCUUUGCAACAAAAAAAAAAGUUUAAUUACAAUCUUUACGUUGUGGAGAAAUCGAGGGAAAAUAUGAUACUUUCUUUUAUUUCGUCGUUGGUUGAAAUGAAUUAAAAAAAAAAGUAUAGAAGGGAAUGUAUAUGAAGCCAAUGUGAUGUUGUAUCAAGAUAUAUUAUUGAUUGAGCAGCUCUCUUUAAAUUUGAUGAAAACGAUUGAACGAAAGUUGUUAGCUGUUGUUUGUGAUGAUUAUUAUUUUGUAUAUUCUAUAUACAGGGUGCGCGUUGACUUAGAAGGCAAUAAAUGAUUAUUUUUUUUUUAUAUAUAACAAAAAUAAAUAAAAAAAAAUGAAAAGUAAACGAAACUAAUAGAGUUACAUAACAAUAAUAAUGAUGAUAAAAUACACAGUACAUCUCGAAAGUAUACCAAUGGUGAUAGUAAUUCUUUUAACGCCAAGUGAUUAUAUAAUGUUUUAUUAUUAUUAUAUUUAAAUAGAGGAAAAAAAAAUUUUUUU